GACAGCAGGGUCCAUGCACUUCCUCAUUGUCAUACAUUUGCUUUCACUUUAACGUCACACUCAACUUCGAUUCGUGUACAACUUUUAAUAGUUUUUUUUGUUGCAUCUAUGUACUUGAAAAGUUUCAAAAUAUUUAGGACCGACGCUGUGUCUUUUUGUGUCGUUUCUGUUUUCGUUUUUCUUUUAUUGAGGAGAGUAUGCGGCAGUCGGUGUCACUGGCGGGCCUGUUAGUGUUUCUGCCCUGUUUGGUGACGCCCAACUCCGUCUACAAGGCAGUAGGUGACAAAGUUGUCCUCACAGCAGACCCUGUGGCGGGUCCCAUCACCGCCAUCACGUGGAAACAUGGACCUGACAUCGCCAUGGAUUGGUAUAAAGGUUCCUUAAACUCUUACCGGCAGUUCAAAGAUCGCGGUAUGCUGAAUAGCUCAACUGGAGCGCUGACGAUCACAGGACUGACUCGCAGCGACAGCGGCAUCUACACAGCAGAGAUCAACCAACACGAAGGCGCCAGCCUGACUCAACUCCUGGUUAUCUCUCCUGUCUCUAAACCCUCUGUCUCCACAUGGUGUGACCCUCAGAAGACCUACUGUGUUUUCACCUGUAAAGGCAACACCACAGACGCUGAACCAAUCACCUACAAGUGGGGGGGAGGUGACACGUUCAGGGAAUCAACCAACGUGCACAAUAUAACAAAGGAGGAGAAGGAGCCCAGUUUCAGAUGUAUGUUGGUUAACCCAGUCAGCUCUGAAAACAGUGACCCAGUCGUCAACCCCUUCACCACUAGGAAUCGGACAUGGACGUUAACCUGCCUCAUAGCAUUAGUAGGAGUGUCCGUGUGUGUCUUCUUGUUCAUAUACAAGUGCAGAAAAGGAAAAGAUGUUGAAGGGACACCACAAGAGAGAUCAGUAAUGCUUCCAGGAGGCCAAGAAACACCUAACCAAACAACAUGUGAUGUGCACCGAGAAUCCGACAGUGCAGCUGAGGUCCAAGAAAUCCCCACCGAGGACUCAACAUCUCCUGUGUCCCCAGAUAUCAGCAGUGAAGCUGAGAGAUCAGUAAUGCUUCCAGGAGGCCAAGAAACACCUAACCAAACAACAUGUGAUGUGCACCGAGAAUCCGACAGUGCAGCUGAGGUCCAAGAAAUCCCCACCGAGGACUCAACAUCUCCUGUGUCCCCAGAUAUCAGCAGUGAAGCUGAGAGCUUGUCAGCGAUUUCUGAAACAUCCGACCAGGACCCGACAAAUGCUGCGACCCCACAUGCCAGCAAUGAAACGGAGAACUCAGCUUUGAUGUCAAGUGGCGAAGAACCCUCUGGAUGCCAGGAGCCACCCGUGGAUGAACAGCCACAAGAUGAAGACCAAAGCUGAAGUACUUUCCGCUCCUUUUUGCAAAAACACUUGUUGUGAUUUUUCUGUCUGGACAAAAGGCUCAGGGGUUUCAUGUCUGGAUGUAGCUGCUGUGAGCUGCUGCUCCAUGCUAACAUGCGAUGGGUGGUAGAAGCAGUGUUACAUGCAGACAGAUAGUUCCAGGAUUGUGAGAGUUUUUAGUUUAGUUUAGUUUAAUCAAGUAAGGUAAUAGGGGGAUAUUUACUAAGGAUUUGCAGCCCUUUUUAGCUGCUAAACAGCCAAAUUGUGUUUGUCCUCAUUCACUAAAGGACCCGUUUGUUGUCAUGCAGUAUGUACUUUAAGGUAUUCCUGUUUAGAAGCACAAAAUAUGGGAGAAGAAAAUAGACAUUUAUACAAAUUCAAAGAGUGACUCUUGUGGACUGAACCUCCUGUUGCAGAGUUCAAGUAUUGAAAGUGACUGUUUCAACACAUUAAUGGUGCAAAAUGUACUCUGCGACACACUGAAUGCUACUUGCAAUGCCGUGAUAUUUAUGUAUAUAAGAUCGCUGAUACAACUUAAAUAUUUAUAGAUAUAAGUUAUUUGGUGAUUUCUUUUUCUCUGUAUUUCCUCUGCACCAAAGGCAGGCAUUUUAGUGCCUUGUAAAACCCAAAUCUUACUUCAGUGCUGAAUCUUUUAAAUUUAGCUGCAGCACAAGGCCAAUUCUUCAUAAACUAGUAAAGUAUUUGUCACAUAAACUGCAGAAAAAAAUCCAAGGAAAUCCGGAGAUCCGAACAGAGCCCUGAACCAAAUAUAGAUAAUGAUUACUGGCGAGUUGUUCGUUUAAUGAUUGCAACGAGGAGUUCUGAAGUGAGAGGAAUGUUUUUUAGAUUUUGUAUGGAACAUUUUUAAACUGAUAACAUGCCAAAGAGAAGAAACAUAUAAUAUAUUAUGGAGGUUCAACAUCUUUGGCCGUUACAUAUCAGCAGGAAGUAUUUGGUCAAUUGAAGAGAACAACUAUUAAAAAAUGUUGAAGGGCAUUUAUUUAUUAAAUUUUCUUGUCAAAUGAAAUCUGUUUUAGGUUUUGGUACAUGUUAUUUAAAGUGUUUGUCUUUGCUUUCUGCUUUGCUGCCUCAUUUGUCCACCAGAGGUCCUCACACACUACUUAAGCAGCCGUGAAUUGACUUCAUGGACUGUGAAUAAACAUACACAUUGACUGUUUUUUGUUCCUUUAUUAACAUACAAACAAUUUCAGAUAGAGGCACAUUAGGGACAAUGAACAUAAACAUCUGAACAUAGAGACAAAUCUGCAGAAGUCUAACAGGUGAAGAAAGAUGGGGGGAAAGAUAAUUAUAUGCAUGAAAGAAAAUAAAAAGUUUCAUACCAUUUUUCUUAUACAUAUAAAUAUUCUAUUCCAUACAUAUAAAAUGCUGCUUAAACUUUUACUUUACCAUCUUUAUCUACAGUCUUUAAUUUAUUUCCAUUUUUAUUUGUAUUAUUAUAAUUAUUGUUGUUUUUGUUUCUCUUAUGACACGUGAUGCUGAUUUGAAUUUUGAAGUCUAUGUACUGUGUACUGUGUACGCCCUUUUCCUUUCAAGCUUUAUGUGCGCUAGAUUUGUUUUAUUCCACCUUCCUGUUUGAAGACUGACAAUCACUUAAGCUAAUUGUCAUAGUAUACUGUUUUAGCGAUUAGUAUUUAAAAAAUCAACAAUAAUCAACAGCUUUAUACUAACAUUUGUGAUGCUGGAACCAUGAAAUGUUUUUACAUGAAAAAUGACAAUCGAUUAUCAAAAUAGUUGCAGAUAAAUUUUCUGUCAAUCGACUAAUUGAUUUGACUAAUGACUAAUCGUUUCAGCUGUACUUGUUUAAACUGUUGGGUAGUUAAAUUUAUAACAAAAUAUCAUAUUUUCUAAGCGUUGCAUAUGUUUUGCAAAAAUCCUCUAAUUUGUAAAGUAACUAGUAACUAAAGCUGUCAGACAAAUGUAGUGAAGGAAAAAGAACAAUAUUUCUCUCUGAGAUGUAGUGUAGUAGAAGUAGAAAGUAGCAUAAAAAGAAAAUACUCAAGUAAAGUACAAGUACCUCAAAUUUGUACUUAAGUACAGUGCUUGAAUAGAUGUGUUUAAUGAUAUUCCACCACUGGUAGUAUGGAUUUGGGUCUGUUUCGAUUCAAAAUGUCUGUAUUUGUUUGAGAGCCUGUGUUUUACAAUAUAUCGAGUCUUUUAAGCAUUAGAUGGUCCUACUAUCACGUUGCUUUAAGACAUAACACUUCUAACACACAUUGAAAGAACACUGUGCUUUCAGAUUUUGCUCCAAGCACAAUGAGAGGUUGUUCAAAUAUUGUCCCAGCUGAGUUUAUAACAUGACAAAAGUGACACCACACCUACAGUACAGUGUCCCAUGGUCCAUUGUCACAGCGUCACUCAGUACACUAUCAUAUAACAGCACGGCUGUGUCUCAGAAGCCUUUUCUCACCUACAGGUUUCACCUUUGGCAGCUAUUAUGUAUGUUUGCACUGUGACAAACGCUGAAAUCACCUACUGUUUUGUGUAGCAGCUGGUUAGAAUAGAGGAUCAGUCUGUUCAAGUUACUGAAUAAGCCAAUGAUUUAGUGCAAACAUUGUGAAACAACUGGAAAUUUGACUCCAUGACCUAAAAGGUCUCCAUUUUUUUGAUAAAACUGAAUAAAUUACGGGUCAUUAAAAAACAA